AUGGAUAUGGCAAUGACCGGAACUCCCUGGCUGGAUCAGCCGGUGAUGCUUCACUCUUCUCGAGCCGACUCGUGUAGCAAGUUCACCGCGGCGCAAUGCGCUUAUCGCAACUACCAUUGGCGGUAUUGGUACGAAGCCGAUCACGUUUUCGCUCUUUCGACAGUAUACUUCUUCGUUGCAGUCAUCGGCGUAUGUUUUGUUGGAUUCUACAGUCAAAGACUUGCUCCUGCGUCCCUCAGAGAAAAGGCGUGGUGGCGGAAGCUAGUAGCUGGCCUUCGCUUUCUGGCCUAUCGUCGUUACGAUGUAUCUGCAAUCCGGUGGCAUGUACCAUCCUUGGGAGUUAGCUUUUUGCUGUUUAUCGGCGCGAUUUUCUUCUUGGCCAUGACUCUUGGCCCGCAGCCCUAUUACUGGCCAAACACACGGACACUUAGCUACGGCAGCUCGCCACCUAUCGCGACUAGAACAGGUUGGAUGGCAUUAGCUUGUCUACCUUUCAUGAUAAUAUUGCCGACGAAGGCAAACAUGAUUGCGUCCUUGACUGGCGUCUCUCAUGAACGGCUAAUAGUGUUUCACAAUUGGGUUGGUUGGGCGAUGUUCGUCCUGGCAUUAGUUCAUACCUUCCCAUUUAUUGUCUUUCACAUUUGGAAAGGCGACAUGGUCAACAUGUGGAAUACGAGCGUCGUAUAUUGGACUGGCGUUGUUACUAUAAUCGCGCAGGCUUAUCUGCAAGUUUUCUCCAUUCGUUUUAUUCGAGACCGAUUCUAUGAAUUCUUCAAGGUUACGCAUUACAUUGCGGCGAUCGUAUUUGUUGUGUUUUUCUUCAUCCACUGUGACUUUCGGCUCAGUUCCUGGGACUAUUUCAUCGCAACUGGAGUUCUUUACUCGCUCUCUUUCUUAUAUCCCCAGCUUCGAACGUACUUCGAAUUCGGAUUAUCCCACCGCGCUAGCUUUACGAUGGUUUCGGAUUUAACUUUGAAAGUGACGAUACCUAUCGAUACCGCUUGGCGGCCAGGUCAACACAUGUUUCUUCGUUUCGUCCACAUGGGACUACACGCUUUUACUGCCCAUCCGUUUACUAUAAGUAGCUUGCCUCUUACGAGAGAUAGCACGGGGAAUUCUAAGCUCACAUUUUACGUGCAUCCCCGAAGCGGAAUAACAGCCCGCCUUGCUCAAAGUGCGGUCAAACAGCCCGGGUUCAGCGUACCAGUGUUGAUUGAUGGACCAUAUGGCGGCGUUCAGGGCAGACCCUUAUACACAUACGACCAUAAUCUUAUCGUAGCCUGCGGCGCUGGCGCUGGUCUUUCGCUACCUUUUGUAAUGGAAAGUUUGCUGCGUUCCGCUUGGCAGGCUCGCACUGAGAAUAAGAAACUUGUCAACAAGAUCCAGGUGGUCAUUGCGACGAGAGAUAUGCAACUUGUCCAGUGGUACAAAGAAGCUCUGUUGGAGUACCUGGAAGAAAACGGGCUCGAGAUGGUACCUGAAAAUCUCGAUAUCUCAGUAUACCAGACAGGAAGGCCCGAAUCCAAAAGCAACAGUACCUCUAAAGAUCCCGAACGACCCAAGGAGAAGUUGAAUGGAAAUUCUGAGGUUGUUAGACGUCUUCCUAUAAACGUUUUCUGCGGACGCCCGGAUAUCGCCACAAUUGUGAGGGAUGCGACCCUCCAGCCGGGACACGCGAUUGGUAUAGUUGCUUGCGGACCAGGUGAGGUUCUGAAGAUAGUACAUGAUGAAGCAGCAGCAGCUCAGCUACGUGUAGUGAGGUCAAAGGCUGGUGCGCGCGAAGUAUACCUGCACUCUGAAGUCUUCUCGUAA